UUCUUAUUCUUAUUUAACGAUAUGGCGACUAGGGUUAUGAAAGUGGUUACUAAAAAUUGGAAACCAUCACCUUUCGUUAGUCUACAAGAAUGGAGAAGAAGAACACUAUGCAGCAACGUUCCUACGACAAGCACAUCCUCUCGAGGCAAGUUAAAGUUGCCUCUUUUGGAUGAAAAGAAAAGAGUCGCAGAACAAAACGCGGGUUUUUUGGACUUGAAGUUGAUUCCAGAAGACUUGCCAAGAUUGGUUGAUAUACGGUAUCACGACUUGAAAGAGAACUUUUUCUUGAUGACUCGUCCUUCUGAUCUCCACGUCAUCAACUAUUUGAAACUUGCUCAAGAGGAAAAUCUUUCAAAAGGAGAUUCAUUGGCAAAAAAGAAAGUAGGACUGUUGUUAGAUGGUAGACCAGGGGUAGGGAAGAGCACCACGUUGCUAAGAGCUGUGCACUGGUGUCGUCGGAAUGACUGGUUGGUUAUGUAUAUGCCUCGUCUAUUUGAUAUUUUGAACGCAUCAUCUUCUCUUAUAUUGUCCCAGCCCGGAACAGAGAAGACCGAUCCUUGGGUAGACUGUCUUCACGUGGAUCGUCCGGUGGAAGCUUUCAAGGCAGUACAGAAUAUGUUGAAAGCACAUAUUACUCAAUUAUCCAAAAUACCUUUGAGAUUGCCUUCGAAUGAUGAUUCAGUAGAAAAUGGAAACAAUUUAGCUGAAUGGUUGCAAUCAGGAAUCAAACAAUAUCAACAUCAUAUGAAGUUGGAGGAUGAAAAGACGGCAGGAAGAGUUAUAACCGAUGUCUAUUUAGGCCUUGUGGAACAACUCAAACAGGUAACCGAAUAUCCCGUUGCGUUGAUAUUAGAUGAAUAUAAUUUUGUAUAUGGACUAUCCCCUUUUCGAGAUCAAGUGAGAAGGAGAUUUCAUGCUUCUGCGUUUCGAAUGAUGUGGCCUUUAUUAGACUUUGAAAAGUUGGGUCAGUCACUUGCCAAUGGUUUGGUGUUGGCUGCAACUUGUCGUUCUUUGAUGCCUUAUAAGAUAAGACGGAAGUUGAUUGCACAAUGUUCCCAUUUCCCUUUGACAUUGGAACAACGCAAUGAUCAAACAGGUGAAGAGCAAAUGAAAGCAUUGGAGCCCUAUCGAGUGUAUGUGGAACCCUUUCAGUUGGAUGAAGUCAAACAGUUUCUUGCUUUGUAUGAGCAAUCCGAAUUUAUUCAACAACACUCGGAGUCGGAGUAUAUUCGAGCCUAUUUGAAAAGUGGAGGUGAAAUGGACAAGUUGCAUCGUCUUUGUUGGACAUUGUGAAGAUUCCUUUCUCUCUCUCUUUCUCUCUUUGUAAACAAUCGUCAUAAAUAAUAUAUCGAUAUCUUUCGAAUAUGAGCUAUAACAGUCAUCGACUUGUUGAUCUUUUUAAAAGAUAAAUCAUUCGUAGAAAGU